UUAUUUUAGUGUUUUUUGCUUUUCUUUCAUUUCAUUUUGUUAAAUCCAAAUUUCCAUUCACACAUUUACUUCAUAUAUUUUUUCUGCAACUAACUAAAAUUUGUUUGAUGGACACCACCAAUAAACCAACAUCUACAACAUCUCGUAGCAAAUUCUCAAAAACAUUUCACAAAGUCAUUCCUUUCAAAAAAUCAACAAAAUCACUUUCCAACAACAAUGGCUUUUGUUUGCUUCUUCCUCAUGACAACAAAUUCAAAAAUUCAGACACAGGAAAUGAGUCUAGGAGACAUUUUAACAAAUUGGUCGACAAUGCCGAGCUACGCAACAAAGCCGCCAUGGAGGCUUUUGUUGCGAAGCUUUUUGCGACCAUUUCGUCGCUAAAAGCCGCUUAUGCUGAGUUACAAGUGGCUCAGUUUCCAUACAAUGGUGAUGCGGUCCAGUGUGCGGAUCAAGGGGUUGUUGAUGAGCUCAAGGCAAUUUCUGAGAUGAAAAGGAGUUUUUUAAAGAAACAAAUUGAUUCUUCACCACCUCACGUGACUCUGCUACUCUCAGAAAUGCAAGAGCAGCAGAGUCUCAUGAAGAUGUACGAAAUCACAAUGAAUAAAAUGGAAAGAGAAAUUAAAACAAAAGAUUACGAAGUUUUUUCUUUGAAAAAACAUCUGGUGGAACUUGAAUCCACCAAUAAAUCACUUGAGUUAAAAGUUAACUCAAGUGGUUGUUUUUCAAUAUUAGAUAACGUGAAGUUAUCUGAUCUGACAGCUACAAACUUUGUAACUGUUUUACACUACACUCUUAGAUCUUUACGAAACUUCGUAAAGCUCUUGGUUCGAGAUAUGGUAAAUGCCCAUUGGGAUAUCGAUGCGGCCGUUAAGGCCAUCGAACCCAAUGUUGUCUUUUCAAAACAGUCUUAUAAAUGUUUCGCAAUCGAAUCAUAUGUAACACGAGAAAUGUUUGACGGAUUUAACGAAAAUGAUGACAAUGAGGACCGUUUUCAAUGGUUUAACAGGUUUAAGAAAAUGAAAUCGAUCUCGACAAUGCAAGUACUAAAAGAGAAUCCGAGAUCGGCGUUCGGAAAGUUCACACGCGCCAAGUACAUGCGACUGGUGCAUCCGAAAAUGGAAGCAUCUUUAUAUGGCAAUUUGAGUCAAAGGAAGACGUUAAACACAUGGCAGUUUCCGGAUACAGCGUUUUUUAGCGCGUUUACGGAGAUGGCAAGGCGCGUGUGGGUUUUAAGGUGUUUGGCAGGAGGAUUUGAGAAGGAAGUGAGUGUGUUUCAAGUACGGAAAGGUUGUAGGUUUUCGGAGGUGUAUAUGGAAAGUGUGACGGAUGAUGGUGGUGGCGAGGAUUUGCGCGUGGCGUUUACGGUGGUUCCGGGGUUUAAGAUUGGGGACACGGUGGUUCAAAGUCAAGUGUAUGUGUUGCCAGGACGGCGGUGAUACCGGCGAAAAGGUACCGGAGGUUUUGUGAAUGUAUAUGUUUAUACGUAGUAAAAUGUAGUAUUAUACUGUGCAAUGGUAAAAUGGUAAUUGAAUAAUUGUAGAAAUUAGAAUUUUUUACACUGGCUACAAUCCCAAAGGUGUAUUUUUUAUAUUUAAAUUAAAGUUAUCUUUUUCCAAAAUAUGA